GAUUGUUUAAUCUUUAUAAAAAUUAUUUAUUUUUUCUAGAUUUAUUCUUUAAAAAAAGGAUGCAGUCACCAAAUAGUUGCGACACAAAAAUUCCAAUAAAUCCGACUUGGAAGCAACAGACUGCAUCAAAUAACGUUAAAAUGUCUUCAGAUUUAACUUCAACAGAUAAUAAUUCUGAUUCCUGUUCGAGUGACGAAGUUAUUGUUGAUGGAUAUAUUGAAGAAAGUAUUCCAACUUCUAAUCGAUGCAGAAUACGUACAAGAACGAUUUCAAACUCGAAGGCUGACGAAGAGGAUGUUUUUAUGACUGAGACUGGACGAAAAGUUUAUACAAAAGGACGUCCUCCCUGGUAUGAUAGAGCUGGAAAACGUCUAAAAAAGUCUUAUUUAAUUGGAAUUUGUGGGGGCUCUGCUUCUGGUAAAACAACUGUCGCCCAAAAAAUUAUUGAGAGAUUGGAAAUGCCUUGGGUAACUGUACUUGCUAUGGACUCUUUUUAUAAUGUUUUGAAUGAAGAACAACACCAUUUGGCUGAUAAACAAGAAUAUAAUUUUGACCAUCCAAAUGCUUUUGACUUUGAUUUACUUUACGAAACACUUUUACGUUUAAGAGAUGGCAAAUCAGUUGAAGUUCCCGUCUACGAUUUUACAACACACAAACGUUCAAAAAAUCCAAAAUUAAUGUAUGGCGCUGACAUUUUAAUUUUUGAGGGAAUUCUUUCUUUUCAUACACCGGAAAUUGUAUUUGUUGACACUGAUUCUGAUACUAGAUUGGCCCGUCGUUUACAAAGAGAUAUUUCCGAAAGGGGAAGAGACGUUGCUGGUGUUUUGGAUCAAUAUAUCAAAUUUGUGAAACCAGCAUUUGAUUCUUUCAUUGCUCCAUCAAUGAAACAUUCUGAUAUAAUAGUGCCGAGAGGAGGAGAGAAUUUGGUGGCGAUUGAUUUAAUUGUUCGGCAUAUUAAAAAUCAACUGACUGAACGAGGUUAUUAUGGUUGUCAACACACUCGAAAUGGUUCUUCCCCUUCACUUCCUGAAUCCCCUUCUAGUAUUGAACCUCCAGUCAAAUUACCUUCUUCACUUCAUAUAAUAAGAAAUUGUUCUAGUGCCAAAAAGUUUCAGGCUUUCCUUCGCUCUUGGAAAGAUAAUGGAAAAACAAAUAUAAUGGAAGAAGUGAUGAAACAUGCAGAAUUAAUUCUUCCUGAAUUGAUUGAACAGGCAUUGAGUUUGUGUGGUAGUCAACAUGAAAUUGUGCAAAUGCAAAAUACUGACAAUGACAACAACGUUAAUGGCCAAAAAUAUAAUGGAAAAGUUUGUGGAGUUACAAUUAUGGUUACUGGCGAUUCAUUAGAAAAAUCUCUUCGGUCUUUAACUGGAAAAUUUGGAACCCUUUUAAUUCAAACAAAUGAACAAACACAGGAUCCAGAACUUUAUUAUUUGCGUUUGCCAAAGAAAUUGAAUCAAUACAAAAUUAUUUUGAUUGACACAACUGUUUUGACUGGGGCCGGGUUCCCCGAACCCCAGUCUUUUUGUCGACCCGGUACCCGAUCCGAACCCGACCUGACUUUUUUCUCAACCCGGCCCAUCCCUGCUACCUAUCCUAUCUCUAAAUUUUUUGUUUUAGGCGCUGCCGCAAUAAUGGCUAUUCGAAUUCUUUUGGACCACGAUGUUCGUGAAGAAGAUAUUUUGUUUGUUUCUUUACUUAUGACAGAAGCAAGUGUUCACUCAUUAGCUUAUGCAUUCCCUAAAGUCAAACUUCUAACAACUGCAGUCCAUCAUACAUUAAAUAAACAAUUUAGUGCUAGAUGUCGUUCAAAUAAUUUUGUUGAAAUUCCAAAUUUUGGUGCUGAGGCAGUUGGUUUAGUUACUACAGAUGAUGAAGAUGAACGGGCAGAAACUGGAGUUAAUGUGGCAAGUUAACUGAUAAGGAGAUUUUUUUAUUAAAAAUUAGGAAAUUUAAAAAGAGAAGGUAUGGCAUUUGUGGGCGAAACAUUUUUUGUCAGAAUUAUUUACUAAAAAUCGAGGAAGCCAUUGAAUAAAUUUUUAUUGAGUUUCGUCCGCAACUGUUAUAUUUUUUCGUAACUAAAUUAAGAGAAGAAACUUAAUUUAAAAUCCAAAACCAUUUUUUAUACCAAAAUUAAUUUAGCAAUUUAUUUUUAAUUUUUAAAGCUUUUCAUUUUCUUUCCAUUUUCUGAAGUUUUAUUUAAAAAUAUCCAAAAUUUUCUUUAAUUUAUAUCUUUAUAGUAUUUAUUUAAAAUUUAUUUAUUUUUUAUUUUCUCGCCAUUUUUCUAAAGCCACAUUUUUGCUUCAACUUUUUAACCAAAUUUGUUUU